CUUUACCGUUAAAAAAAACAAAAGAAAAAAGAUACAAAUAAACCAGAAUACCAAAAAUAAUAAAAAUAAAAAUAAAAAAGAUAAAAAAACAAAACAAAAAGUUGUUUCCGGCAAAGAAAAAGAGAAUAGAAAGGAUAUUUGGAAAGGUCAGAAAAGAAAAGCGGUCAACGCUAAUUCCCUCUCCCACUCUCCCCAGUCUCCGCCGCGGACAGAGCUGGAUCUUCGCCAGCGUUUUCUCCUCAGGUUGUAACACCGCUUCUACUCCGCCGUCAACUUACCGUAGCAGUGUCCGCACACACCGAUCAAAAUCGAGAUCAAAUUGGAAAGCAGUGAAAAAAAGAUGUCGAAUUCGUAUAAAAGUGGUGCUGCCGGUGGUAUUGGAGGCGGCGGAAAUUUGAAUCAGAAAAUAGAUUACGUGUUCAAAAUCGUGCUGAUUGGGGAUUCAGCAGUGGGAAAGUCGCAGCUGUUGGCUCGAUUCUCGAGGAACGAGUUUAGCCUGGAUUCUAAGGCCACCAUAGGAGUUGAGUUCCAGACCCGCACCGUAGUCAUUGAUCACAAGACCGUCAAAGCUCAGAUUUGGGACACCGCCGGCCAAGAGCGGUAUCGAGCAGUAACAAGUGCAUAUUAUAGAGGCGCAGUCGGGGCUAUGCUGGUGUAUGACAUAACCAAGCGUGCAUCCUUUGAUCAUGUAGCUAGGUGGUUAGAAGAAUUGCGGGGUCAUGCCGAUAAGAAUAUUGUUAUAAUGCUCGUGGGCAACAAAUCUGACCUUGAGAGCCUUCGUGAUGUACCCACGGAUGAUGCCAAAGAAUUUGCUCAGAAAGAAGGUUUGUAUUUUAUGGAGACAUCUGCCCUUGAAGCUACCAAUGUUGAACCAUCAUUCCUUACCGUUCUAUCAGAGAUCUAUCGGAUUGUCAGUAAGAAAUCUCUUGUUGCUAACGAGGAAGCAGAAUCAGGCAAAUCAGCACUUCUCACUGGAACUAAGCUGGUUGUUCCAACCCAGGAGCCUUUAUCAGGAGGUUCAAAAUACAGCUGCUGUGGAACUUCAUAGGAAGGUUUUCAACCAAAAGGAAUUAUCUCUUCACAAACUGCAAGGAAUUUACCUAACCCAUAUACACACAAAACAUGUAGAUGAAUGUCGCUGAAAUCUUAAUAACCUGUGACAAAUAUCUUCAUUGAAAAGAGCUCAACACUUUUUCUUGCGGGCACUAGCUAGUGGUUUAUUACUGUCAAUAUUCCAGGUAAGUUCAUCAUUCCGUUCCAGCGAUUGAUUGUCUCCAUGAUGUAGAUUUUCGGUACUCAAACUUUCAGAUGUGUAGUUAAUAUGUUUUUUGCUAUGCACAAGUGGAUAUUCAGAAUAAUAUUCUUCUGGACAAAUUGAGGUGUAAAAUAUUUGAGUCGUCUGAUUGGAAGCUUAAAUGAACUGGUAUCCUUGGGGGUGUUUUUUUUUUUUUUUGGAAAGGGUCCUUGGGUUUGUUGAUAUACAACAAUUAUCAUGUGUCCUGUGUAUUAUGCUGAUGAUCUCAGCUGUUAUGAUUGUAUAUACAGUUAUUUUUAGAAUGUAAGUUUGGAAGCUGGAGCUCAAACAAAAAUUCAGUUUUAAAGGAUGUCAUAUGUGUUGCAUGAUGCAUUUUAUUAAGUUUGCUAAUUUUCUAUACUGUAGUUGAUCCAUAGUUAUGGAUGGGGAGAUUGCCUGAGCAUUGCAAAAAUGUGCUCUCUUACUAAAAUACCCCCCACGGCUUUUGGGGUAGUGUUACGAUCUCGAUUUAUUUUUUUAUCUUUUGUACAUUCCAAAUGUAUUAAAAUGAUACCCAAAAGUCAACAAGCUAAGUGAUAAUCCAACUAAAUUUAAGGUCAAGUUUGCAAAAACAACAAUUUUUCUUUGUGUAAAUAAUUAAGUUGAUUUCAAUGCUGACUUUUUAGCUUUGGAUGAUGAGUAGUGAGUAGGACUAAAUACUCUCAGACGUGCCUCAGUAAUCUAAUUAUUAGUUCUUGAGUUCUGUAUUAUCAUAAUUUUUGAAUAUCAAUUUGGAAAAACAUAUUACUAUGAGAUAAUUUUCAAUAGAAUUUAUAGUCCUAACAUAGUAUCGUUCUCCCAUAGUAUUUGCGAGGUGGACAAUCCGAUAAUCCUAUCUUACUAUUGGAUCAUGUAUCCAUUUUAACCUGUUUUUUCUCUUCCUUCUGCCAUUGCACUGGUUAAUACUCCCCCGUCCCAUAAUUAUUGUCCAGUUUAGAUUUUCAUUUUUAGUCCAAUUUGUAUUAGAAGUGAAAACUCAAACUGGACAAUAAUUUUGGGACGGAGGGAGUAGUAUUAUUAUGCUAUCGAUCAUUCAAACUCGAAUAGCUAGCUACACACUGUUUGUUUUGCAACCCCAAUCUGUUAAGGAUCUGUUAGAUAAGAUUUGGACUGAUUUCUCAUUUCCUCCGCAUCCUGUUUCCCCUGUUUCCAGGAGUGGUUGGGGUUUUAAAUACUCUAACGAGACAGAGUUUCUUGAACAAUAUAUCAUCAUCCUUAGCUUCCUUGGAUCAGACGUGAAUUCACGCAAUUUUGUCUUUCUGCGACUAUAUGUAGCUCGUUCUCAAUUAUGGUUAGUCAACAUACAGUUGUUCUGUUCUUGUUGCUUUAUUAUUUUGGUUUCCCUCGUUUUCUCCCCUACUUUGGAGAGAACAACCACAUCCAUUUCAUUAGUUACGCAAAGGUACAUAUUAUAAAGCUGGUGAGCAUCGCACUUUUCUUAACCGUUUUUGUGUUUUAUCAGCGACUACAUCAAUACAGGAAAACACACGUUGCAAUAUCACACUAACAUAAAAUCC